ACUGUGCGCCUGCUGGAGAGGUCGCGCCUCAGCCUUCCUGAGAUGUCCGAGAGCAGAUCUCACACUCUGGAUUCUGGCUAUCUUAUAGCUAAUGACACUUUGACAUCAGAUGUCAUUGGUCAAAGAGUUGAAGUUAACGGAGAAUAUGCAACAGUGCGUUUUCUCGGCCUUGUUCCUCCUGUGGCAGGAUGCUGGUUAGGAGUAGAGUGGGACAAUCCUGAGAGAGGAAAGCAUGAUGGGAGCCACAAAGGGACUGCGUAUUUUAAAUGCAGCCACCCAACAGGCGGAUCCUUUAUUCGGCCCAACAAGGUAAAUUUUGGAAUAGACUUUCUUACCGCAGUCAAGAACCGCUAUGCGUUAGAAGAUGGACCAGAAGAAAACAGAAAAGAGGAAGUGGUUUUAAUCGGGAGCAAACCUGUGGAAACUGUUGGUUUUGACUCUGUUAUAAAACUGCAAAGUCAGCUGAGCAAACUGCAGGACAUUUCCCUGAGGAACUGUGCAGUCAGUCGUGCCGGUGAAAAAGGAGGAACUGCCAGAGCAUGUCCUAAUAUUAGAAAGGUAGACUUGUCAAAAAACCUGUUGUCAUCGUGGGAUGAAGUGGUAAAUAUCACUGAUGAGCUCAGAUGCCUGGAAGUUCUCAAUCUCAGUGAAAAUAAACUGAAAUACCCCUCUGGGUCAGCCUCUGUCACUGGAACGUUUUCAGCACUGAAGAUUUUAGUCCUCAAUCGAGCAGGAAUAACAUGGGCAGAGGUGCUCCGGUGUGUCUCUGGGUGCCCAGUUCUUGAGGAACUACACCUUGAGUCUAAUAAUAUUAUCAUUUCAGAAAGGCCAACUGAUGUUCUACAGACUGUCAAAUUGUUAGACCUUUCUUCUAAUAAAUCAAUUGAUGAAAAUCAGCUCUUUCUGAUAGCGUAUCUGCCCAGAUUAGAACAACUAAUUCUUUCUGACAUUGGAAUUUCUUCUAUACAUUUUCCAGAUGCUGGAAUUGGAUGCAAAACGUCCAUGUUCCCAGCCUUGCAGUACCUUAUAGUAAAUGACAAUCAGAUAUCACAAUGGUCAUUCAUCAAUGAGCUAGACAAGUUGCCACAUCUGCACGCUUUGUCCUGCAUAAGAAACCCCCUGAUGGAGGGAGAGAGAACAGCGCAGACCACGCGGCAGCUCAUCAUCGCCAAGAUCGGGCAGCUGAAGACCCUGAACAAAUGUGAGAUUCUACCCGAAGAAAGGCAUGGAGCUGAGCUUGAUUACAGAAAGACUUUUGGAAAUGAAUGGAGAAAGGCUGGUGGACAUCAGGAUCCAGACAAAAACAGACCAAAUGAAGAAUUUCUUGCAGCUCACCCUAGAUACCAGCUGCUCUGCCUCAAAUAUGGUGCACCUGAAGAUGAGGAACUCAAAGUACAACAACCAUUUAUGCUCAAAAACCACCUACUAACACUGAAGAUAAAAUGCCCUAAUCAACUUGAACAGAAAGUCCUAGAGAAACAACUGCCAGACUCCAUGACAAUUCAAAAGGUGAAGGGAAUGCUGUCACGUGUUCUCAAAGUUCCUGUGUCAGACCUUCUGUUGUCCUAUGAAAGUCCCAAAAUGCCGGACAGAGAAAUUGAUCUGGAAAAUGACCUACAGUCAUUACAGUUUUAUUCUGUGGAAAAUGGAGAUUGUCUAUUAGUGCGAUGGUAACAACCAGCUAAUAAAAUUGAGACUGCUUAUCAUGUCUGGGGUUCACCGGAAAUAAAUGAUUUAUUGGAAAAUUCUGCUGUCAAAGUGAGUUUUACCACUUGCCCUACGUAUAACAAUGUUAUUUUUUAUUGGGGAAAAAACAUUUCUAGGUUUGUAUAUAUUAUAGAAAGGCCUUGAAUCUACUAA